CUGAGGUAAAUUAUUAUUGCCCUUGAAGUAAACUCACUAAAUCAUUAUGUUAAGAAGAAUAGGGAGUCCUAAAGUCUCAUUAAUUGGAGCUAAGAAAUCGGUAUUCCGCUCAUCUGCUGUCGCACCUAUACUUUCUGCGUAUACUACCACUUCCACUAUGUCGUACUCAACUACUGGUCACGCUGAAGAAGAUGUUCUUUUCACCAACAAGAACUUUGCUCGUGUUAUUUCUCUUAACCGUCCAAAGAAGUUGAACUCUUUAAACACUUCAAUGGUUUCCAAAAUCACUCCUCGUCUUCUUGAAUAUGCUAAGUCUAGUGUCAACAAUGUUGUGAUUUUAACUUCAACUUCUCCAAAGGGUCUUUGUGCUGGUGGAGAUGUAGCUGAAUGUGCUAAGCAAAUUGUGGCUGGAAAUCCUUCUUAUGGUUCUGACUUCUUCCAAAAGGAGUACAAUCUUAACUACCUUAUUUCCACUUAUUCCAAACCAUAUGUUUCAAUUAUGGAUGGUAUUACCAUGGGUGGUGGUGUUGGACUUUCAGUUCAUGCACCAUUUAGAGUUGCCACUGAAAAGACCAAGUUAGCUAUGCCAGAAAUGGACAUUGGUUUCUUCCCAGAUGUUGGUACCACUUUUUUCCUUCCUAGACUUGAUGAUAAAGUUGGUUAUUACUAUGCUCUCACCGGUCAAGUGAUGUCUGGUCUUGAUUCUUACAUGCUCGGGUUUGCCACUCAUUACGUUCCUUCCGAGAGAGUUGAACUGCUCAUCAAUAGACUCUCUUCUUUGCAACCUCCUGUUGUGAACGAUACCCCAGCAAAGGAUAACCAUGCCACCAUUGUUGAAAACACCAAGCAAUUCUAUGCUCAAGUUAACCAAGCUAUUGAAGAAUUUACUGACAACAAACUUCCAGAAGAUUACAAAUUCCCAUUAUCUACUGAUGAACUUAAGUUGAUCAAGGAAGCAUUCCUGCAAAAGUCUAUUGAAGAAGUUUUGACCUUCUUACACAAGGAUGGUGGAGAAUUUGCCAUGAAGACAUACUACCAACUCAAGACCAAAUCUCCAACCUCUCUUAAGGUUGCCUUUGAAUUAUUGAACCGUGGUGCCAAGAAUAACAUCCAUCAACAAUUCCAAGAAGAGUUGGUUGCUGCCACUAACAUAAUGAACGUCAAGAAGGAAGAAUCUGACUUUGUUAAGGGUGUUUCUCAUAAAUUAAUUGACAAGGUCAAGGAACCAUCUUUCCCAGAAUGGAACCAGGUACACAACCCAGAAAACAUCACUUCUGCUCAAAUUUCUAGCCUCUUGAAGCCAUCUGAAUUCUCUGCCAAGUUGGACCAACCAUUGAUUCAAAAGUUCUUUGGUGUUACUUACACUAGUUACCCAUACCAAAUGGGUUUACCAACCAACAAGCAAGUUGAAGACUACAUCACUGGUAACGAUGGUUCCAACAGAUCUUACUUGCCAACACCAAAGGAAGUUGUCAAGUUUUUCAAGACUAGUACCAAUAACAAACUUGGUGUUGCCACUAAGGUUGAAUCUAUUUUGAGUCUCCAUGGUGAAGCUUCCAAAUACGAUAACAAAUAUGUCUCUUGGUCUAAAUAAUG